AUGAACUUCCUUUUCCGAGCCCUCUUUGCAUUUGUCUGCCUCGUCAGCACCGGGGUGUUCGCAUACAGUGAAACCGACUGUAACCCGCUCAAUCAGACAUGUCCAGCCGAUGCCGCUCUCGGUACAGAGCACACAUGGUGGUUCAAUUCAACACUUGACGACACAUUAUGGAACAUGACCACCGGAGAUAUCGACUACACGAGCACCGGCGCCGACUUUUCAAUCAAAACGGAAAAUGCAUCCACUCUUUUGGUGUCCAAUUUCUACAUCUUCUUCGGCGUGAUGGAAGUUCACGCAAAAAUGGCAAAGGGCGCGGGAAUUAUUAGCAGUGUGAUCUUGCAGUCCGAUGACCUGGACGAAAUUGACUGGGAAUGGGUGGGAUACAACACGAGUGCGGUGCAAUCCGACUUCUUUGGCAAGGGCAAUACCACAACGAGUGAUCGUGGUGGAAUUCAUCCUGUGGCAAAUGCAGAUACCGAGUACCACAACUAUACCUCCUACUGGGAUAAGGAUCGCCUCGAGUGGUGGAUCGAUGGCACCAAGGUGCGCACUGUCAACUAUUCAGAGCCGUUGACGGUAUAUGGCAAGAACUAUCCACAAACACCAUGCAGAGUCAAGAUGAGUAUCUGGCCAGUCGGUAUCAAAGGACAGUCCAUUGGAAAUAUUGAAUGGGGUGGUGGUUAUGUGAAUUGGACCGAUGUGCCCUUCACCAUGUCUGUUCAACGCCUGCGCGUUAAGGAUUUCCAUUCCGGAAAGGAAUAUAAGUACGAUGGGAAAACGGGAACAUACGAGAGUAUCGAAGUUGUCAGUGGAAACUCGACGGCCAAGCAAGAGAUUGAGAAGACCCCUUCAAAGACAUUGGCCGAGAAGUGGGACGACUUGUCCGAGGGUGUUCAUAUUGGCGUGUACUGCGGAGCAGCAGCGGUUGGAGUGAUUGCAUUCGCUGUAUUUGGUUGGUGGUGCCAUCGACAGCGCAAGAAGGGCCGAUUGCAAAGCGCGUUGGAUGAUGGACAGAAUGGAGCAGAGCUCAAAAGCCUGGAGGCCUACAAGCUUCAGUGGAGACAGAGCGAAUGGGGCCAGAAGAGCUAUCAACAGGUUCCUAACACAUAA